AUGGGGAAACCCUCACAAAAAAAUCCGGAAGAUGUCGCAGCUAAGGAAGAUGGAACUAGGGCUAAGAAGAAAGGAAUAAAAAUUCCCCUUGUGAGGCCAACCAAGAGUACUGAAGCAGGAGGGAAGAAGCAAGAUUUAGAAGUGGAAAUAGUGAACCUGAAUCCGUUGAUUGUGAAAUUGACUGCGGCGACAUUGCAGUCGACAGAAACCCUCACUCCGCAACUACCCACGGAAACCCUAGCUCUGCAACUGCCAGCGGAAACCCUAAUGCUGCGCGAACCUGCUACGUCGUCUGGUCUUUCAGUCCACGAUAAAGCCCUCAUCCUGGUCGAUUUACAGGAAAGUCCCACAAAAAAGCUGACAACAACUCCUACCGGAUCGCCGAACUUGAUCACUUUUGCGCAACCGUCAAACCCUUUCAGUGUAUUACGGAAUUUAGGCAAUGAUGAUACUGCACUAAUAGAGGAUUCAGAUGAAGAGGAGCUUGUAUUCGCAGAGGAGAUAGCAGCCCCUAACCAGCAACAAUUACAAGAUGAUUUGCAGCACAUUUAG